AUGACAAAUGCCCAUGAUGAACACGUGAAACAAAUGCUGAGAGUAAUAUGUAGGGACAUUGCUGAACUAGACAUAAGUGGGUGCUACUGGCUGUCUGCCCCAACAGUGGACAUAUUAUCACGCUGUAAGAAGCUAACUAAACUGAAUAUGGAAGGCUGUUCUGUUACAUCCUUGCGUCUUUCCAAAAUUCUUUCAGAUCUUCAUCAUCUGCGCUCUUUGUCGGUUGAUAUCAAUGCAGGGUUUGAUGCCGGAAAGCUAAGUAGUGAAUGCAAAGCAACACUCAGUCAUCUAGAGGAACUAAAACAAACUGUCUAUGUACCAUCCUAUGGAGUUGUGCCAUGCUGCACUAGUCUCAAAAGGCUUCUCCUUUAUUUUGAAGUCUUGGACAGAACACGUGAAGGAACAGUAAUGUCUGGGCAACUGAUGGUCGGAGAAAGCAAUGUACCCCAUUACCAGAAUCUGAGACUGUUCUAUGCACGUCUUGCACCUGGUUAUAUAAAUGAGGAAGUUGUUCGAUUGUAUUUGGCUGUGCUUAGUGACCGGACACCAGAGAAUCUUAGAUCGUUUCUCAUAUCUGUCCCAGGAAGCCUAGCGGAAAGCAGAGCUACCAAAAAUUUGCUUGAAUCAAUGGCAAGGAAUGUGUCUUUGGAGGCAUUUCAGUUGCCUAAAUACUGGUUGAAUGGAUCUUGCUUACUUCAAAACAUGAAAUUUAGUUGCCCAUCAUACUUAAAUUUCAGUGGCUGCAUGAUUUCUGGUGAUCAGCUUACACAGAGGAUUUUGAAUGGUGGAAAAGACUGUAAAAGUCUUGUUAGUUUGAAUCUAAAAGGCUGUGCCUUAUGCCUCAUCCCCAACUUGAAUUCAAGAAAACCUGAAGAUGACAUAGAUAGCUCCAUUUUGUACAAUUUAAUAUCUGCAUGUUCCAACCUUGCACACUUAAAUCUUUCUUCCGCACACCAUCACAGUUCAGAGACUUCAGGAAGGCAUCUCUGUGAGAUUUUAUCACAACUAAAAAACUUACGUUCUCUUUCUUUGCCAGUGUGUGCUGUAGCCUACAACUGUACACCACUAUCUACUCCUAGUGCUGCGCCACCCAUGUUUGGCAAAAAGGUUCGGGUUGGAGUGAAGACUUGCUCAAAACUACCUGAAGAGCAGAGUAUACCUAAGCAAUGCUCUGCCUUCUGGAAACUCCUAAAGGGAACGCCAGUUCUGAAAGUCUUGGAAUUCAUUGGCUCAAACUUUUAUUCUGUUAUGCCACGGAAUGAUCCAGCAAUACGCAACACUUAUCCACCUUGCAAGCGUUCACAUGCUGUAGUGGAUGCAGAAGUGGCAGCAAUCAGCCAGCUUACUUAUUUGGAGAACCUUACACUUGCACAGCUUCCAGGAAUAGUUGCAGGUUCCAGCCUCGUAAAUAUUGGCAUAAGCUGCCAACAACUGUGUAGUUUGUCACUGGCAAAUAUUGGUAUGAUGGGCAAAGUAAUGUACAUGUCUUCACUGUGUGAGAUGUUGACACACUGCAAAUGUUUAAAGGAUCUAAGACUAGAGCAACCAUACUUUCCAGCUAAUGAGAAGUUCUUUCAAGCUCUUAGCCAUUGCUCACAGCUUCAACGUCUGUGCAUUAUUUCUCGCAAUGGAAACAUUCAGGCUGAAGCAUUGAUGUCGUUUCUCCACAAAUGCAGAGACGUAGUCAUGUGUCAUCUCUUCACAGGAGAAACCUUAACAAGAUGCAAGAGCUUACAGCAUGGCAUUCUACAAAGCUUCUCAUCGGAACGGCCAGCAUUGAACGUUGUCAUUUUCCCACUUUUGCAUGAGAACUUGGCAGAUGUAAUACGAGAUGUGCCCAUGAUACAUUUGGAUGAAAUAACCCUAUUUAAAAGCAGAGUGGCAGAGGAGCCACCAGAUUUGUGGUGCUAAUGUUGUAGAUUGCAUAAGGCUGGACAUAGAGCAACCAAUGUUGGUAAAUUCCUAAACCUUUGCCAACUAUUAUACAAAACAAUAUUAUAUUACUGAAAGACUUUCCAACAUUACUAAUAUUUUUUGUGG